CAAAUAUUAUUGUAUUUUGAUGUUAAUUAGUUGUGUUAGUUCGCAGAAUGAAUAAAACGAAAACAGAUGUGGAUACUCUCCAACAAGUUGGAAACAUAUGGAAGUUCUUAGAUGCAAUGUCUUUAGCAAAUCCAGAUGAAUAUAAACGAUUUGUUGAUCAAGUGUUAAAAGAUGGUUCAGAUAAUAACAUGGGUCCACCAAUCCCACAAAUGGUUAUACAGACUACCAAGAAACCGGAAGUAAUACCCGUUCGAAAAUAUUAUAUUAACAUUGCCGAAUGGCGUCAAAUGCCUAAACCUGAAUCCGAGGCUGCUCCAAUUCCUAUCGCGUCGUCGGAGAUCAGAAAAGAAGUGAUUGACAAAGAGUGGGGAUUUCUUGUUGAUGUUGUAUUAAACCCAAUGUUAUUUAAAAACCCUACCGAUACAGAUAAAAGCUUGAUUGAAAUAGUAUUAAAAUAUAUCGAAUCAAAAGAGUCUCUGUUACUCUCUAGAAAGUAUGAGAGGAGAUCAGAAAAAUACGUGGGUAAUCAAGAUAAUUUAUUAAACUUCUUAUGUCCAUCAGCUUUAAAGAACUCGUUGGAUACUGCGACUAAUAGUGAAAGUAAUAAUUCCUUGUUUGAACAACUGAGACACAUAUCAAAUACGUCAGAAUCAGAGAAGGAGAAUGAUAUAUCAAAAAAUAAUAACAAUACAAUGGCGAAAGAAAAACCUGAAAAUAGUAUUAAUUCAACCGGACACGCCUUUGAGCCUAUUAUAACAGCCAAUGUUUUUGAAACGACUUUAAAAGAAAAGAAAACGAGAACACUAAAACAACCUGUGCGGACGUUAAAAUUGAAAACACCAAGAGUUGAAAUGUUGGUUAACAAAGACAAAAAAAUUGUGGAACUUGAUAUAUACCUGCCUGAAGUACAAUCAGUGAAUGAGUGUGAUUUAGAUCUUACUGAGACUAGCGUUUUGUUGAAAGUUGAAAAGAAGUAUGAGCUCGACUUAACACUACCUGUCAUUAUCAACGUGGAAGAUUCUAAAGCAAAGUUUAUUCGAGAUCAAAACACGUUGGUGGUUUCUGCGCCGUUAGUUUUAUAAAUUGUAUACGAUCUUGAUAUAACGGCAUUGAACUUCAUCUAUUGGCUCUAAGGAAAUACACACGAUGAGAAGACUGCGAACACGAUGUUAAGAGAUUGUGUUCUUAGUUAGAUUGAUUACAAAUUUGGUUGCUUUGUUGUUUGUUGAAACUUUAUGGAAACACUGAAGAGUGCAUUGUCAACUGGAUGUUUGGGACAGUUUAGGGCGUAUGUUUGGUGCCGUGACGAUUUUGUCAAUGAAAAUUAUAAUCACAAUUUAAUUCGUAGAAUGAAUUUCUUUUUUAAUUUUUUGUUCCAUAAAUAUUCUGAAAGUAUUAGAAAAUGUACAUUGCCGAUAGGAUAUUAGGAUAUAAUAACAUAUUAGAUUUUUUAGUUAGAAAUGAUGCUAAAGCACCAAUGUCAAUAAAUCGAACUAUUACAUGCAGACAAAAAAUCGUCAAA